GCAAAGAACUGACCACACUCAGCAUCCAGUCAAAGGUUUGGAAUCGAAACGGUUCUUAUCCUUAAUUCGGGAAAUUAGAAAAAGGAGAACUUAAUUAUGAAAAUAUUUGUUUGUUUGGCCGCCCUAUUAGUGGCAUCAGCUUAUGCCGGCAAUGCCAAGAAGGGCAUUCCCCUAGAGAAGAAACUCGACAAACGAGGCCUUCUCAAUCUCGGCUAUGGCUAUGGUCAUGCUGGUCUUGAUAUCGGAUAUCUUGGCGGCCAUGGUGGUGGAUUAAUUGGAUCCGGAUACGGACAUGGAAUCGGUGGAUAUGGAGGAACUGGCGGUGGAAUUUUGUUGGGUCAAUCAGCUGAUGUCACCCGAACGGUAACCCUUGUCAAAGGUGUCCCAGUGCCAGUUGCCGUUGACAGACCAUACCCAGUGACAGUUGAGCGACCAGUUCCAUAUCCAGUUAAAGUUGGCGUGCCACAACCUUACGAAGUCAUCAAACACGUUCCAUAUGCAGUCAAGGAAAUUGUCAAAGUACCCAUUCAUGUGCCACAACCCUAUCCAGUCGAAAAGAAAGUACCAUAUCCCGUACAUGUGCCAGUCGAUCGUCCAUACCCCGUCAAAGUUGCAGUUCCCCAACCCUACGAAGUGAUCAAGCACGUUCCAUAUCCAGUUAAGGUGCCAGUGCCACAACCCUAUGCCGUCGAUAGGCCAGUACCAUACCCAGUUAAGGUUGCCAUUCCAGUGCCACAGCCAUACCCAGUCGAGAAGAGAGUACCAUACCCAGUCAAGGUUGCUGUUGAUCGUCCAUACCCCGUCCAGGUGCCACAACCUUACCCAGUUGCUGUUGAGAAACCAUACCCAGUUGUGGUUGAGAAACAAGUGAACGUGCAAGUCCCAGUGCCAGUUGAUCGUCCCUAUGCUGUUCCAGUAGAUCGUCCAGUUGCCUACCCCGUCAAAGUACCAGUUCCACAGCCCUAUGCUGUUGAGCGUCCAUACCCAGUUGCAGUAGAUCGUCCAGUUGCUUACCCAGUUAAGGUUCCAGUCGAUCGUCCAUACCCAGUGACCGUUGAGAGACAAGUCCCAGUUGCUGUUGACAGACCUGUGCCAGUGCCAGUUGGAGUGCCAGUCGGUGUUUCGUAUGGUGGAUCCGGAUACGGUGGUGGACUUAUCGGCGGUGGAGGUCAUGGAGGUGGAUUGAUCAUUGGAGGUGGUCAUGGAUACGGUUUAAGCAGCGGGCAUGGAAUCGGUCUCAGUAGUGGCCAUGGAAUCGCUUAUGGCGGUGGACACGAAAUCGGUUAUGGACACCACAAGUAGAUAGAUCAAUUGUACCAAUUCAACCACCACCACACAAUACCUGCCCAAGAACCCUUCGAGAAAGAAUACACAAAG